AUGGCCUUAAGAGUGUUAGGUGUGGCAUCACUGUUUCACCUGGCUAUGGUGAACGUAGAACGCUACAUUGCCAUCAAACAUUCUUUGAGAUAUGAAAUCUUAGUCACUGAAACUCGCUUGAUUAGUGUUUCAGCUGUCUUGUGGAUCAUAACAAUUCUUUUACAGUUAACCGUGCCUGCAGAUAGCAUAGACAACGAUGACAAUAAUUAUGUUAUAGUUGACACUGGUAUAAUGUUUCUAUGCAUUACCACUAUUUUCUUUUGUCAAGUGAUGCUUUACUUUGAAACGCGUCGCCACGAAAACGAGAUUGCCUCUCAGCAAGUUUCGAUUGAAGUCAGAGAGAAAUUCAUGAAGGAAAAGAAAGCUUUUAAACUGACCACAACUAUACUAUUUUUCUUGAUGCUUAGCUAUUUACCCUUAAUAGCCUCCGACUCCUUGUAUCAACGUUUGUCAUAACUUCAGUAAAUUCCGCAUACUUCGCCUUUUUCACAGGCGUUUUUACAGCGUGUUCCAAUUCCCUUUUAAAUCCAAUUAUAUAUUGUGUGCGAAUUNUAUACUAUUUUUCUUGAUGCUUAGCUAUUUACCCUUAAUAGCCUCCGACUCCUUGUAUCAACGUUUGUCAUAACUUCAGUAAAUUCCGCAUACUUCGCCUUUUUCACAGGCGUUUUUACAGCGUGUUCCAAUUCCCUUUUAAAUCCAAUUAUAUAUUGUGUGCGAAUUCAACAGUUUCCUGCUGCGUUGAAGGAAAUUGUGCUAAGAAAAUCAAACACACAGGCUGUGAACUGA